UGCAACACCAAACCGUGUAACGCAUUAGUUACGACCAGAAAUACGGACCGGGAAGUUCCGCCGGCUUUACAUCAUGGAGGCGUCCACGGGAGGUUGAUUUCUGAAGGAGACCUUCUAGAAGUUCUUCGUGCGGUCGUCAUCAUUAAUGUUCUGUUCCCUGUGAGUCGGUGUGAUGGCUGCACCAUGAAGCGGGCCCGCUGCCUGCUCCAGUCCGCCAGGUCUGCUGCCCAGUACGGCGCUCUGCUCCAGUCCGCCUCUUCCAGACAGCCGAACCCGCUGCGCAGCACCCAGCACCAGGUGCUGAGAUGUUUCCACGGCAGCCCGGCGCAUGCCAAGGGUCCACCUGUACCCGCGGAGUUCAUCAACGAGGAUGACAAAAAGGGGGACAAGUCUGUGGUCGUCCACGACGACCUGUUUGAGCGUGUGGCCAAAGAGGUAAAAACCAAGGCCACGUUCAACAAGGUGGUGGACGUCUUCAUCAAGGGGGACGUGAGGCGGCGGGGUCACGUGGAGUUCAUCUACGCCGCUUUGAAUAAGAUGCCGGAGUUUGGCGUGGAGAGAGACCUGGCGGUCUACAACAGGCUGCUGGAAGUUUUCCCCAAAGAGGUGUUUGUGCCCAGGAACUUUAUCCAGCGGAUGUUUAACCACUAUCCCCGGCAGCAGGAGUGUGGACUGCAGCUACUGGAGCAGAUGGAGAACUACGGUAUCAUGCCCAACAUAGAGACCAAAGUCCUGCUGGUCCAGAUCUUUGGAGAGAAGGGCCACCCCGUGAGGAAGUACCAGCGCAUCAUGUACUGGUUCCCCAGAUUCAAGCACGUAAACCCCUUCCCCAUCCCCCAGCAUCUGCCUGAAGACCCAGUGGACCUGGCUCGCUUCAGCCUGACCCGCAUCGCUCAUGACCGGGACGCUAAAGCCACCGUCCACCAGCUGCCCUGUACAGACAUUACAGAGAGCGGAGAGAAGAUCACACUUCCACAUAUAGUAGGUAUCCAGAGCCCCGGCCAGGUGGAGCUGCUGGCCAAGCACAACCCGAGCAGGCCGGUGUUUGUCGAGGGCCCCUUCCCUCUGUGGCUGAGGAAGACAUGUGUGUACUACUACGUCCUCAGGGCUGACCCCACACCGCCCGACGAGAAGGUCGAGGAGCCCUUUGAUCCAGAGAGGUGUUUGGACUAUCCUCUGCAGCUUGAACUGGAUUUGGACCGUGACCUCGGGGACGAAGAGAACUUCGACGUGGAAGAUCUGGACGAGGGUCCGGUCUUCGCCAUGUGUAUGACCGGCCGGGGAGAACAGGCCGUCCUCAACCAGUGGAUCUCCGGCCUCCAGGAGAAGAAUCCCAUCCUGGGUCGGGUCCCCACUCUGUUCCGCCUGGACGCUGGGCCCCGGGAGCUGCAGGGGGUGGCUGAGACAGAGUCAGCCCACCACCACGGUCCAGAACCCGAGACCCAGACAGAGGAGAGACCGCCUCAAGAAGAACAUAAGAAGAACCUGAGGGAACAGUGGAGGAAGAGCCGAGGACGAGCCAGAAGAUGAAACGGUGAACAGCAGUCAGACUGGACUAUGAUGGGAGGGGCUACUGGUUCAGCAGAAGGACUAAGCUUCAGUAAUAUAAUAAAUACAUUAAAAAGUGUUGGAUGAGAUUAUUGUAAUCAAUUUUGUUGUUGUUAUUGUAUGCCUCUGAUAUAAUGAUAGUGUAAUAGCAUAAUGAUGCAAUUACACCCUUAAUAAAUUGCAAUUUACUUUGAAUUCUGAAGAAUAUUAGGAUAUUUGAAUUGGAAUGUGAAAAAUAAAUAACCUAAAUAAAUGACAAAAUGAGGAACAACCAAAACAAUGAAA